CUCUUCUAUCUUUUUAUAUUUAUGAGAAGAGAUUUAAAUAAUUCUUAAAGUUAGUAAACAACAGAAAACAUACAACAAUUAGAAACUCUGUAAUUAGCUUUAAAUAUACACAAGAUUUCGAUAUGAAUAGGCCCAUGAAUUAUUGACUUAAGCAAUACUUUCCAAUUCUGUCUAUGCAAUAGCAGUAUUGCUUUUAGGUUUUGAGCUUGCCUAUGAUGGAAAUUUGUUAUGUGUGAUUUACUGCAUACAUUCAAAAUUAUUCUUAUAAAUUCUGCAUCAAAUAUACUUUUAUAGAAUUUUUGCUAAUAAAAAUAUGUAAGAUCAUGUUAUAUAUGAUUAUUUUUAAGUAAGUACAAUCACACUUUUAUAAGAUUACUUUAAAUAUUUUUUGAAGAAUGCUUUGUGCUGGCAUUAAAUUUUUAUGCAAUCAAUAGAGAUAAUGAGUUAAUUCUAUUUUCAAAUAUAUUCCCUGUUAUAAAUAUAUUUCUCUCAUUAAUAGUCAAGAUUAAUGAAGGAAAUUAGUUUUUUAAGGAAUCAGUAUAAUAAAUCAAUUUGUUUUAUGUAUUUAGAAAUAUUUGUAUCUUAUUAACCUCUACUUUUUUAUGUUUAAAGAUAGAAGGAUAUUUUGAUAUAUAAUGGUUGUAUACAUUAUGGAUAUUCUGGCUAUUAUUUAGUCUCUUAGCAUCGAUAGCAUUAUACUACAUUUUUGUUGUAUUAGCAUUGUGUAUACAAGUUAUUUUAGAAUAGUGUAAUCGUUAAAAAUGCUUAGGUUUGUUAUUUUAAAUUAUUAUAGUGAUAACUAAUAUUUGGAUAUUGCUAUUUUUGAUAUCUUGUUCUUCAAUGCUUUUUAUGAUACCGAUGUCAAUAUUGAAUAAUAUUUUUUAAGGCACAUAUUAUAGAGCAAUUGAAGUGGACAGAAUCAUUUUAAUUGUCAACUAAAUCAUUUUCACUUAUUUUUCUUUUAAAUUUAAACCAGAAUUGAUAUCUUCAUUGUAAAUAUUUUUAUCACUAAAUGAUUCUAUUAAUCCACUUCAUAGUGUGGCAACUUAAUAAGCAGAUGUUUAAUUACAACAAUUUAAAUAAAAUUUUAUAGAGAGUCAAAAUUCUGAAGCUUAAAUGUAGAUUCCAAAAGUAGUUAAAAGAAUUUCGAAAACAUAUUUUGGAUUUGAUGAUCUAAAUUCUGAAAAAAAAAGUGAUUUAAAAAAUUAAGAUUAAAAUAAGAAGCCUACUCAUCAUAAAGCAUUAUCAUCUUAGAUUUAAAAAACGAUAGAAAAUUUUAAUGACAAGAUUAAACUUGCAUCUAUGGUGAAUUUUAAAAUAAUUGAAAAAGAGGAUUUAGAUGAAUUGAAAGGAACUUCAAUUUUAUAAGAUAAAUAAAAAGUAAUAUUAAUAAUAAAAUUUUAGUAAAAUGAACCAAAAUCAAUUUCAUUAUCAUCAAUCAAUUCUUGUUGUAUUUGUUAUGACAAUGAUUCAGAUGCUUUAUUUAUGCCAUGCGGACAUAGUGGAGUAUGUUAUCAUUGUGCUUUAGAUUUGUGGAAAAACAAAGAUGAAUGCUAUUUAUGUAGAAAAGUAUUAUUAAUAUUUAAUAAUUAUAGAAAGUAGAAAGAGUAUUAUAAAUUUAAAUUUGUAAAAAUGAAAAGGAUAUUUAUUAAGUUGUUUGUGCUACAGAAUUAAACUAAAAAUUAAAAAAAAGACCUAAAAUAAAUCAAUAACAACAUGAUUAAUGA